AAAGAAGUAAACCAAACCAAGAUCUUAAUUUGAAAUUUAUGAAUAUUAUCUUCGUUGUUGUUUUUUUUUUCGCUAAUUUUUAUUAUAUUAUCAUAAAUUUUGGUUGCCACACAUUUGCUACAUAUAGCCGAUUCGUUCGUUCGUUUGUUCGUUCAUAUCAUAUCUUUUUUUGUUGAAAAAAAAGAAGAAUAUUCCGGUUAAAAUAUUCCGGCUAACAACCAGAUUUGUCCGAAUAGAAAGAGAGAGAGAAACGGACAUUCACUCAUUUAAUUUGAUUAUUUCGCAAACAAAAAAAAAAAUUCUGUGAUUUGUUUUGUUUUGUUUCACAAAAAACAAAAUGUCCAAAAUUAGCUAUUCAGUAAUGAAAAAAUUAAAACUUGAUCGUUUACUUAAACGACAAGCAAAUUUUGAUCAAGUUAUUGUAUUUGAUGAAGAAUUUGAAUUAAAAUAUAAUCAUCAUGGUAAUAGAAAUUAUUGGCUAACAUUUGUUGAUUUUUGUAGUACAUAUAAAUAUGAUCCAAAUGGUUCUUGUUUAAAAACAGCUACUUAUAAAGAAAUUGUUGAUAAAAUGAAUGAUUGGUUACGGCAAUUACCACAAUAUCGUCAUCGUGAUCGUCUUAUACCUGGUCAACCAAUAUGGACAAUAUUAAAUUGUGAAACAUUAUAUGCAAAAAUAUCAAUAAGUUUUUCUGAAAAUGGUGAAAUUGCCCGUAAACGUGUUAUGCAAUUUUCCAAAUGGCCAUUAAAUGAUGAACUGUUUAUGAAUCUUUAUUGUGAAGGAAAUACAAUGACACAAAAUUUUGAACAAAUUUUUAAUGGUAGAUAUAUUGUUAUAUUAUUACGUAUUUGGAUGUCAAAACAGCCAUAUUUUCCAUUAAUGUUAAUAUUACCACCGCCAACAAUUACAAUAAAAGAUUAUUGGCCAAAAAAAAUAAUAAUCGAUGAUUUAAUACAAAAUAAUAAUGAAAAAAAUGAAAAUCAGAAAAAAAUUAUUAAAAGAACAUCUGAAUUUCGUAGAAAAUUACGACGAACAUUAAGUAUUGAAGGUGGUGGUGGUGGUGGGGCUAAUAUCAGUAUUACUGGAAGUGCUAGUAGCCAACAUCAUCAUCAUCAUCAUAGUUCUAAUCAUGAACCAAAAGAAUGUUUGGAAAAAAUCCAAGAAAUAACUAAAAGAAUUAAUAAUGAUAUAAUUAAUAAAAAAAUACAUGGCCGUAUAUUAAAUGUUAUAACAUUUCCUUGUUAUUAUAAUAAAGAAAAUAAUCAAAAUAUUAAUGUUUCAAAUGAACCAAUCGAAGUUGGUAAUAAAAUACCAAAUGGACAUAUUAUAAAUUUAAUACGUGUUUUUUAUGUAUCAAAACCAAUUUGUGAAUAUGAUAAUGAAUUAUCAACACAAUAUCCAAAAGAACAGAUUGGUAUUAUUGAUUUUGUACCACGUUGUAUAUCGGGUGGUGGUUUUAUUAAAUAUCCACGGUUUGAAACACAAACCGAUAUUAUUGAUAAAGCAACAAUGUGGAUGACAAAAAAUUCACAAUAUAAAUAUUUGAAUUUUAGUUCAAUCGAUAUUAAACUUAAAUCAAUGACAUCGAUUGAUUCAGGUGAAAUGACAUUUGCACGUAAUACAGGUGAUUUUGUACGAAUAAUAAGACUUUGUUAUCUAAAACCAUAUCUACCAAAUGAAAAUAAUGAUAAUAAUAAUGAUAAUAUUUCAUCGAUAAUAAAUUGGAAACCAUCAGCACCAAUUUAUUUACAAUGUAAAAAUAUUGUAUCGAUUAAUAAUUCAUUAAAAGAAUUACAACAACAAAUGAAUGAUUACCUGUUGAAAGCAAGAAAAAAUGAAUAUCAUAAUUCAGCCAAUUAUCAAUAUUAUACUGGUGGUGAAAUUGAACGUUGGCGUUUUAUUUGUGCUGAUUCGGUGGCUAUUUUCAUUAGUAAUAUUAGUAAUAGUGGUGAUUCACGUAAUCGUCGUAAUAUUAUAAUGAGUGAUUGUGAUAAAAGUUUUCAUGCAAUAACAAUAUCAUCAAAUCAUGCCAGUAUGAAUCGUAAAAUGUUAAAUGGUAUUAAUAUUUAUUAUGAUAUUGGUUUGUAUGGACGACGUCCAAAAUCGAAUAUAACAUUAUCGUUGAAUGAUAAUCAAAAUAAUGAUAAUAAUGAUAAAUUUAAUAAUGGAAAUUCUGUAAAUCAAAAUGAUGAUAUCGAUAAUAAUGAUAAUGAUGAUGUUGAUAAUGUAAAAAAUAAUAAUGGCCAUAAAAAAGAACGACAAAAAAAUCGUUCAGAUUCGGCAUUAACAACAACCAAUACGGAUCAAAAUAGUUGUUUGAUAAUAUAAAAAUUGUUUUUGACAUAAAACUGUUGAUGUUGUCCAUUGUCCAGAUACCAAAGAAUUUUUUUUUCUUUCGAAUAAAAUGUCUCA